AUGGCGAGCAACGAGCCCACGCUGUCUGCACACGCGAACCAGUACAUCCGCGAAGUCCUGCAUUCAACCGAAGCGCCUCCAGAGAUAGAUGUUCGCUACUUCUACACGUCGCCCCUCGCUAUAGACGAUCCGCUGUCUCCCAUUCCACCGCCCGUGACUGGCUCAGCAGCCGGCAAGAAGCAGCCACCACGUCCCUUCUCCGAGUACGACAACGAUGCCAUAAACGAGUCGUGGCUGGAGCUGAGGAAGAAGAUACUGAAGCACAACGAGGAGGCUGGCGAGAAGGACAGCCAUGGCCGCGGCACGCCGACGAACGCAGCAGUCGAGCGCCUGAAGAGGAAGAGAGGCAGCAGCAGUGCUUCGCCGGAUGGAGGCUACAUGCACGGCAGAGACAUUCCCGGAGCCCGAUCUUCUAGCAGAGGAGAGUACUCCAGGUCCGCUGAGCUGGCAGAGAGACGACGGCCGGGCUCAAGCGGCGGCUCCCAGGGCCCCACGUUGAGCGGCUCGCUGAAGGCCACGGACACAGGGCAUGUCUCGCCGCUCGAGCCUCCGACGACAGGCACGCCCUUCAUCCGAGCACCCUCGCGCACCAAUAUACCUCGCUCGUGGAAGCCUCCUGCGGCAGAAAGCUCUGGCCGGCCUACAGUGCACGACCACGACAGCUACAAAUGGGACGACGACAUGGAGCCAGCUCUGUCGGCCAACAAAGACAAGGGUCCGGCAAAGAGGGCCUCGAGGCCGAAAGAGGGUCUUUCAACCAAAGUGCCCGUGGGCGUGUCGAGGUUGCAUCAGGUCGUUCUGGAAGCAGAGUCUCUUCGGAUGGAGCCGAUAUACUGGUCGCCCCUGAGUGACGUCGCUGAGAUUAUCCGAGGGACAUGGUUCUACAAGGACAGCAUGCUGCCUGUCGAGGUCGAGGUCGCGAACAUGCUCGAAGCGGGAUAUAUAGAGCUGCAGCCGUGGACGCAGACGUGGAAGGAUGAACUGAACAGCGCAAUCGAGGUUGGUGCAUAUGGCGAAAUGAAGAUAUUGCACAAGUUGUGGCCCGACAAGCCGCGCAAGCCUGCUGAAAGUCGACCUUCGACGUCUCAGCAAAUGCAGACAACGGGUCUAGUUCAAAGCACGAUGCCGCAGGAAGACGAGGAUCCGGAGCAAGAGCGGAGAGAUAUAGUAGAAAACGUAUGCGAUCUCAUAGACAUCUCCACCGGACCAGAUGGGCCAGACAAUAAAUCCGUGGGGGACCUCGAGUACGGUGCAAACGGCCAGAAGCAUCUGUACUUGAAAGCCGGCGUCAUCUAUUCCACAGAAAACGAAGCGUGCAUACUAAAGCCGGCGUUGCAGCCAUCAGAGUACUAUGGACGACGCCCCCUGGCAAAUUACAUCCGCAAAGGGCGGCCGAUUGGCAUCCCGGUCGUACGUGGAUUUGAUCAGGCCAAAUGGGACAGGCUGCAUCCGAACAAGAAUUCGCCCAAAGCAAGAGCUGCGCGCGAGGGAGUCUCCUCAUCGCAAGGCGGAGCGCCGCAGUAUCGGAGACAGAAGUCUGACCCGGACCUCGCACUGUCUGAGAGACCAAAGGUGACAGAUCUUGUGCUGGUCAUACAUGGCAUCGGCCAGAAGCUGUCGGAGCGCAUGGAGACGUUUCACUUCACACAUGCCAUGAACGGGUUCAGGAGAGAAGUCAACGUGGAGCUUGGAACUCCAGAAGUCAAGCGGCACUUGCGAAAGGACAUGGGUGGUAUGAUGGUGUUGCCGGUAAAUUGGCGACAACGCGUAUCACUCGACAUUGGCGCUACAGAUCCAGAUGUAGCUGAAGAUCCAUCUGCUAACAAGUACACGCUCAAAGACAUCACUCCAGAGACACUCCCAUCUGUUCGAGGCAUCGUCAGCGAUGUCAUGCUCGACAUUCCGUACUAUCUCUCGCCCCAGCACAACCCCAAGAUGGUCGCUGCGUGUAUACAAGAAGCCAACCGGAUCUACCGACUAUGGUGUGCGAACAAUCCAGGGUUCUCAGAGAAUGGUCGCGUCCAUCUAGUUGCCCACUCUCUUGGGUCAGUCAUGGCGAUUGACAUUCUGAGCGCACAACCAAGUUACGUUGACCCUCACUUCCACGACCCAACUAUCCCCGAAGACAAGCUUCCCGACGACCACUUCAUCUUCAACACCACCGACCUCUUCGUCUGCGGCAGUCCAGUCGGCCUCUUCCUGAUGAUGAAAAACGCAAACCUCCUCCCCCGUCGCGACAAGGAGAAACCAGGUGCAGACUCUUACGCCGCGCCCGGCGUAGCUGGCGAGCAAGGCACAUACGGCUGUAUCGCCGUUGACAACAUCUACAACAUCAUCAACCCAUACGACCCCGUGGCCUGUCGCAUCAACGCGACCGUCGACGUCGUCUACGCCAACACCCUCAAACCCGCGACCAUCCCCUCUGCAACGUCAUCCUACUUCUCCUUUGCCAACCCCUUCCGCCGCACAGACAGCUACAGCCACACCACCGCCAGCGACGCAUACAAGCCCUCCGUAACGCGUCUCCCGUCCAAUGUCGAGCUCGAAACGCACAAUUUCACACGCGAGGAGAUUGCGGAGAAGAGGGCGUAUUUACUCAAUGAUAAUGGCCAGAUUGACUAUUUCAUGAAGUAUGGGGGCGGGCCGUUGGAGAUUCAGUAUUUGACUAUGCUGGGUGCGCAUAGUAGUUAUUGGCUGAGUAGGGACUUUGUGCGCAUGAUUGUUGUCGAGGUCGGGAGGAAGAAGGGGAAGGAGGGGACUGUGGCGAGUAUGAGGGCUGUGAAGAAGAAGAUGGUUGUUGGGGGUGCGCAGUGA